AUGAGACUGCUUAGAUACAAUGCCCAUCCUACUCUCGACAAAAGUCCUGCCUUUGCAAAACGUAUUGAAGACAGUGUGAUAUUGCUCAAGCAACUUAUUGAAGAAGGGAAGAUCAUCUAUGGUGUGAAUACAGGCUUCGGUGGAAGUGCCGGCACUCGCUCCAAGAAGAGUGAAGCUCUCCAAUCUGCACUCCUUCAGCAUCAUCAAUUCGGUAUUCUUACUCCCCUGGAUCAGGGAUUAGCAGCGGCCCAUAGUGGCCUUGAAUCGUCGCACGCAAUGCCACAGCCAUGGGUGAAGGGCACAAUGCUCGUGAGAUGCAAUACUGUUGCGCGUGGUCACUCGUCCGUGUCUCUCCAUAUCAUUGAAACCAUGGUGGCUCUGCUACAAAACGACCUGAUUCCGGUGGUCCCGCUGCGAGGUAGCAUUUCGGCGUCAGGAGAUCUCUCGCCGCUCUCAUAUGUCGCCGGUACGGUAGCCGGUAGUCCGGAUAUUUAUGUUCAGAGCGCAACUGGCGUCAUCUCCGCAGAGCGAGCGCUCGCGCAACUAAACCUUCCUCCCGUCACACUCGGUCCCAAGGAAGGCUUAGGGCUAAUGAAUGGGACUGCAACGUCAGCAGCUGUCGGGAGCAUUGUUCUAUACGAAGCACAUCAAAUUACCGUCCUUUCGCAGCUCCUCACCGCCAUGACUCUGGAGGCACUGUUGGGGACAGUUGCGAGUUUCGAUUCCUUUUUUGCUGAAGUGCGGCCGCAUCGAGGCCAAAUGGAAUCUGCACGAAUUAUACGACAUUUCCUGAACGGUUCUCGACUUGCACGAGGCCAUCAUGAUGACGCCAGACAGUCUGCAGGUCUUAUCUACCAGGAUCGAUAUGCUCUCCGUACAGCUUCGCAGUGGGUCGGCCCUCAGAUGGAAGAUCUUCUGCUUGCAAACGAGCAAGUCACAGUAGAGCUGAACUCCACGACCGACAAUCCUCUCAUUGACCUUGCUGACCAAAAGCCGCAUCAUGGCGGGAAUUUUCAAGCCGUUUCUAUAACGUCGGCGAUGGAGAAAACUAGACUGGCUCUCCAGAUGGUGGGCAAGAUGCUCUUCGCCCAGUGCUCUGAGCUCAUAAAUCCCACGCUCAACAACGGGCUUCCUCCUAACCUAGCUAUAGAUGAUCCCAGCUUGUCUUUCACAAUGAAGGGUGUGGACAUCGGUAUGGCAUCCUAUAUGUCCGAACUCGCCUUUCUAGCCAACCCAGUCAGCAGCCAUGUUCAGUCUGCUGAAAUGCACAACCAAGCCAUCAACUCUCUCGCCCUCCUCUCCGCUCGCUACACUUCUCACGCAGUGGAGCUGACAUCCUUCAUGAGCGCUUCUUACCUUUAUACCGUCUGUCAAGCCCUUGAUGUCCGUGUCGUCCAGAUUAACUUCUUUCAAGCUCUUGAGCCGGCACUGUACACUGUCAAUCAGCGCAUCUUCUUGCCCCUUCUCUCUGACGCAGACUUCGACGAACUGAACACUAGUGUCUGGGACCACGUCCAGUCAACUUGGCAUCAAACGGCAGAUCAAGACUACCAGGACCGUUUUACCCAUGUUAUCGACGCCACCCUAGCCGUCGUAACCAGAAUACUUUUUUUCUCUACCAGAGAUACUGGUGCUUGUAUUUCACCGGCGGUCCAGAAGGCGGUCGCAAACUGGAGAUCGUCAGCGCAUAGUGUCCUCUCAGAAACACAUACCACAAUUCGCACGCGCUUCUUCCAACAGCAAAAUACGCCCGAAUUCCUUAGCCACGCCACCCGUAAAAUGUACCUUUACGUGCGCCAGACUCUAGGCGUACCAAUCCACCAAGGAUUGAUUGAUCAUCCAACACCGACAGCAGACUGUGCAGCCAGCGGCAGUACGAAAAAGACCAUCGGAUCGUGGAUCUCUAUCAUCUAUGAAGCCCUCCGUAGCGGAAAACUUCAUGAGCCAUUGAUGGAAUGUCUUAUUGAGACAGGGGUUGUUGUUUCAUCUGCAUCUUAA